AUGAAGUCUCGUAUGCGUGCUACAGCACCAAUCAGAUCAACCUUUGUUCACAAGCGUACCGUCACUCAUGUCACUAGUGAAAGCAGCAACCGCAACAUACUAACAAGACACAAAUGCUGGCUUUGCUCAAACUCUUCACACUGGCCAGAUCAAUGUAUAAAGUUUGCUGGGCUCAAUGUGAAUGACCGUCACAAAGUUGCCAGAGAGAAUCAUGUUUGUUUUAGCUGCCUGAAAAAAGCUGGAAGAGAUCACAAAGCCGUCAACUGUAGUCGUCGCAAGCAAUGUCCAGUCGUUAAAAAUGGUAUACGUUGCAACGGUUUCCAUCAUCAUCUCCUGCACAAAGAGGAAAACGGCACAGUAGGAGUCGGAGUUGCCAUCGCAUCUGAUGACGGAGAAGCAAUCCUUCCAGUUAUUACAGUCAACAUUUCCAAUUCAAGAGGUUUCUUCAAGCGAGGAAAUGUAUUGUUAGAUUCAGGAGCACAAAUCAGCUUGAUACGUCAAGAGACAGCUGAAAAACUAGGACUUAAAGGUCAAGAUGUAUCAGUCAACAUUACAAAAGUUGGUGGAGAGGAAGAAACAUUAAAAACAAAGAAAUAUACCGUUACAGUUUCCCAAAUCAAUGACCAGAAACAGUAUUCAGUCAAGGCAAUUGGCAUUCCAAUAAUAAGUGAUGGUAUCAAAUCUGUCAACACAUCCAGACUACAAGAAAUUUUCGGACUGCAAGCAGAAAAGGUGAGAAGAGGAAGCGGCCCAGUGGACUUGUUAAUCGGCAUAGAUUAUGCUUUCAUGCAUUCAGGUGAAACAAGGCAAGCUGGCCAUCUGAUGGCUCGACAGUCUCCACUUGGAUGGGUAUUUUUUGGAGCAAGACCAGGAGAGACAUGUGAGGUAACAAGCAUACUUCAUGUGAAGUAUACAGAACCAGUUGACCUUGCUGCCUUUUGGACCACGGAAUCAAUGGGAGUUAAUAUGAAGCAAUGUAUAUGCACUGCAGACAAACUGAGUGAAACUGAGAAGGAAGAGGCCAGAAUCAUUGCAGAAUCGUGUGUUAAGGUGGAAAACCAAUGGCUAGUUCCAUAUCCAUGGAAAAAGGAUCCCAAUCUUCUACCUGACAAUAAACAAUUGGCAGUGAAGCGUUUAGAAUCAAUGGAACGUCGAUUGAAGAUUAAACCCGAACAAGCAGAAGCUUAUGAUAAGCAAAUGAAAGAAAUGAACGAAAUGAACUUUUCACGUAAAUUGACAACUGACGAAUUAAAAGAAUAUAAAGGCCCUGUGCAUUACAUCCCCCAUCAUGCAGUCCUAAGACCAGAGAAGAAAAGCACACCUGUCCGAAUCGUGUUCAACUCAUCCUCAGUGUUUCAAGGUCAUCAACUCAACGAUUAUUGGAUGAAAGGCCCAGACUUAUUGAAUAACCUGUUUGGAGUCAGUCUGCGUUUCAGAGAAAGAGAAGUAGCAUUGAUUGGUGACAUAUCAAAGAUGUAUCAUCGAAUAUUGAUACCAGAACAAGAUCAGCAUGUACACAGAUUUCUUUGGCGUAAUUUAGAGACACACAGAGAGCCUGAUGUUUAUGUCAAGACAGUUCUUACAUUUGGGGACAAACCAGCUCCAGCGAUGGCACAGAUUGCUUUGAGAAAGACGGCAGAAGAAUGUAAAGAAAUCAAACCGAAAGCUGGAAAGGUGCUGACAGAAAAUGUUUACAUGGAUGAUAUAUGUGAAUCAGUGGAAACGGUAGAAGAAGCAAAGAAGCUAGCAGAGGAUAUAGAUUUUGUUCUGAAGAACGGAGGUUUCCAAGUCAAAGGAUGGAUUUCAAACAAAGAACUGCAUGAAAACAGCAAGCAUACAGGAGAGUCAGAUGCAAACAAUAUGCUGAAAGAAGAAGCAGAUGAGAAAGUACUUGGAAUUUCUUGGAACAGAAAGUCAGAUACGCUGUCACUUAAAGUUGACUCUGACUUGAUGAAACUCAUUGAUGAAGAAAAGCAUCUAACAGAGAAGGUAAAACUAACCAAAAGAAGACUACUGUCUGAAGUUGCAAAGAUUUAUGAUCCAAUCGGAUUGGCUGCUGCAUUUAUUAUCAGAGCUAAGAUUGGAAUACAGGAACUAUGGCAGACUGGAAUUGAUUGGGAUAUAGAAAUUCCUACAAAUAUGCGAGGGAAAUGGAUUGAACUGUUUAAAGAGAUGAAAGAGCUCAACAAUAUUUCUUUCAGAAGACCAUUGCUAACAACAGAUGUCAAAGAAAAACCAUCAUUGUGUUUGUUUUCAGAUGCGUCACAAGAAGCCUUUGGAGCAUGUGCAUACCUUCGACAGAAGAUUGAGAAUGGCAAAUUUGAUGUUAGAUUCGUUGCUGCCAAAACAAGAGUUGCACCACUAAAACAGCUAACCAUACCACGCUUGGAGUUACAAGCUGCUGUCCUUGCAUCACGUCUUGCAAAAACGAUUCAAGAAGAAUCAAGGAUCGAAUUCAAGGAUGUUAAUUUCUUCACAGACAGCUCGAUAACAUCAGCUUGGAUUCAAAGUCCAUCACGCAGUUACAAACCAUUUGUAUCAUCCAGGAUAGGAGAGAUUCAAAGCAAUUCAGACCCUAGCCAGUGGAAACACAUUCCUGGGGAAAACAAUGUAGCAGACGAGCUGUCACGAGGGAUUCAUGUACAUGAACUGAACGGAAGAUGGAUGCACGGACCAGAGUUUCUACGAACUGCGGAAGAAUUAUGGCCAACAAAAGCUAUUCCGUCGCCAGUCAAAGAAGACAGUGAACGUCGUAAAGCUACAAAAGUCUGUUUGUCGAUAAACACAAAGCCUGAAAAUGUUAUCAAUUAUGACACAGUCUCCAGUUGGCCGAAGCUUAUACGAGUUUAUGCAUGGAUCAAAAGACUAGCUGAAAAUAUCAGACGCCUGAAACGUCAUGUACCAUUUAAAUAUGGACCACUGAAACCCGAGGAACUCCAGAAAUCAGAGUUGUUUCUGAUCAAAGAUGCACAAAAAAGCUUACAUAACCGUUUAAAGAAAGGUGAAUUCAAGUCACUCAGUCCUUUUGUUGACGAAAAUGGAGUUAUUAGAGUUGGAGGCAGAGCAGAUAAAGCGUUAUUGUCUUAUGAGACAAGACAUCCAGCCCUACUGCCAAGUUAUCAUAGGAUUUCACUGCUGAUAACUAGACACGUACACCAACACGGACACACCGGAGUUGCAACAACCACAGCCAAGAUAAGGAGGAAAUAUUGGAUACUUACAGGCAACAAAAUAAGCAAAUCUGUUAAAUUCAAGUGUGUGUUCUGCAGAGAAUUGGCACACAAAGCAGAAGAACAACAAAUGGGAAGCCUUCCUGCAAUUCGACUGACACCGCAAACACCACCAUUCUACUACACAGCAUGUGAUUAUUUUGGACCGUACAAUGUUAGAAUUGGACGUAAUAAAACGGCAAAGCAUUAUGGUGUCAUAUUUACAUGCUUGAGUACAAGAGCAGUUCACCUAGAGCUAGCAACCGAUUGUUCUACAAUGGAAUUUUUACAAGUACUGAGAAGAUUUUUCUGCAUUCGAGGCUAUCCAGCAGUAAUUUUGAGUGACAAUGGAACACAGAUGGUUGGUGCAGAGAGAGUUUUGAGAGAGAUGAUAGAGGAAUUCGACACUGACCAACUACAAGAUUUUUGUGCAGGGAGAGGCAUAAACUGGAUUUUCAUCACACCGGCAGCACCACACCAAAAUGGAUGCGCAGAAGCACUUGUAAAGAGCAGCAAAAGAGCAUUAAAAAUCGCUAUUGGUGAACAAGUUUUGAGACCCUUUGAAUUAUACACUUGUUUGAUGGAAGUUGCAAACUUGUUGAACCAACGCCCAAUUGGUAGAAUUCCAAAUGAUCCAGAUGAUGGAGCCUACUUAUGUCCAAACGAUCUUCUGUUAGGAAGAGCUACCCCAGAAGUACCUCAAGGCCCAUUUCAAGAAACUAAAGACCCACGUCAAAGG